AUGACUGAUCAACUACUAUCAAUUAAUGAUCUUCCAAUCGAACUUCUUUCAACUAUCUUUCAAUUCAUUCGACCUCUUGAAACGCUUCUUACUGUUUCGUGUACUUGUCGUCAUUGGCGUCAAAUAAUUAAUAGUAAAUGGUUUCUUAAUAAGUAUUCUAAGAGUGGUAUCAGUAGAGAACAACUUAUCGGAUGGUGGAAGUUUGAGAAUGUGAAUAAUAUAGGAUUUGAUUCUAGUGGUGUCGUGGGUAACCGCUAUGCUACAUUAAUUGGUCGACCAACGAUAGAGGAUUGUUUCUUGGGUAAAUGUGCUGUAUUCGAUGGUCGAUCAUCCAUCCAUUGUCGCGUAAACGACAAAUCUGAAUAUCAAACCGAUGUGUACUCCGUGUCGAUAUGGUUUUGGGCUGAUUUAUCAGCAUGGUCACGAGAUCAACAGGAAAGUGGAUGGCGAACAGCGAUCGGCUCAUGGAAUGACUGGUAUCCGAAUAAUCAUGCGUGGCUUCAUCUUGGUUUUCAUGUUGACAUGAAUAUUAGCAAUCAAGUAAUGAUCUCUGCAGCACAAUAUGUAUUCAAGUGUCAAGACAGUCAAAAGAUAGAACCAUGCCGAUGGUAUCAUGUUGUCGUUCGAGUCAAUCGUAAUCGACAAGAACUAUGGGUCAAUGGGCAACAAGUGAGCAAUGUUGACAUGACUCGUGCAGAUCUUCGGCACGAAGUACGUGCACCUGAUCGUCAAUUUUGGGAUGAUUCGCAGUGGCAUAUGCAAAAAAUGCAUUUACCGAAUGUUCUCUGUCUUGGAUCCAAGAAUAAUCAAGACCAUAAUCCAUGGCUAGGAAAAAUUGCCGAUGUAUCAGUUUGGCGACGAUGGCUUAAACCAUUUGAAAUUCGCGCGCUGCAUCAACAACAAACAUCCAUUGAUAGAGUGAAACUAGGCUCAUUCGUACAUGGCGAAUAG